AUGUGUGACUACCGAUUUCACUUUCUAGUGGCCGGUGAUAAUGGAGAGGUGGAGAAAUGGCGUAUCUCUUGUGAAGCAGAUCUGCGAAAUGUGUCUUCCAUGUUCACAAUACCUACUAUCUAUGUUACACUACAACCGAAAGAUAGUCCAGGUCCAUAUAAUCAGGCAAGUGUACCAACGUACCCUUCGUAUGGCUAUACCGGGGGUCAAGGUGGGUUUAUGAAUUUAGUUGCUGCUCAGGGCCCACCUCUCUAUCCAUAUGGUGUUAUCGGGUUGAAUGGGGAUUCAACUGGGAAUGAUGAAGGUGAUGAUGACGGGCAAUAUUUUUAUGCUUACAAUAAUGAGAUGAACAUCAACGAUAAUCCUUGCAAAGACGAUUUAUUCAAUGAGAUGGAUGAUAGCAAUGACGAUUCGGAUUUCAUUAUUGAAGAAGAUGAUAUGCUUGGCUCGGAAGAAGGUGAAGAUGGCGAUGACAAUGUUGUGUCCCCCUCAAACAUGAUGGGUGGUUUAAAUGAGCAUAUUCUACGCAACAAAAAGAGUAUAUCAAUCCACAAUGUUCCUCAACUUGAUUUUUCUGGAGGUGUUGCUAUUGAAGAGGACAAUUUGAAUGAAACUACUACUCGUUCGAGUAGUGGUUGGAGGAUUCCCGAAGCCAUUUUUCACAAUGUUGAUGUUCAUCCCUCGCUUGAAGAGCCAUCAGUGAUAGACUGUGAAUUAGCCAAAGGCGUUGUCAUUCGAAGUAAGGAAGAUUUGUUGGUAAAAGUGGGGUUAUACCAUUUGAAACAUAAAGUGGAGUACCGACCACCUAGAUCUUCAAAUUCUCGGUUAAAGGUUGUGUGCAAGCAUAAAAACUGCCCAUUCUUGCUUUCUGCGAAUGCACUGACUGGAAGUAGUUGGAAAAUUUCAAAAUUUAUUCAUCCACAUACAUGCUUGGUUAACCUGAGUCAUUCAGCCCCUCGACAAUUGCCUGCAAAGAUCAUUGGAGCAUUAUUCGCGCCGAAGUUGUUGACAGAGGGCCGAGUAUUGAAGCCUGCAGAAAUUAUGGUUGACAUGGAGCGUGAUCAUGGCAUUAAGCUCAACUACAAUACAGCUCUGAGGUCUCAAAACGACGCCUACGACUUCAUUUAUGGAGAUCACAAGAAGUCCGGGGAACGUUUGCCGGCGUAUUUUCAUAUGUCGAUGAAGGAAAAUCCUGGAACAUCGACGUACAUUGAGACCGAUAAAGAUGACGUGUUUGAGUAUGCUUUCAUUUCUUUUCAUGCGUCUGCAGGCUUCCUCAGUUAUUGUCGGCCCGUUAUUGUGAUUGACGGUACGCAUUUGAAGGGUAAGUCUAAAGGCAUCCUAUUUGUAGCAACUACAAAGGACGAAAAUGAACAAAUUUUUCCUUUGGCAUUUGGUAUCGGCGAUAAAGAAUGUCAUAGUGCGUGGAUGGGUUUCUCCAAAAGCUUCGCUCCACUUUUGGAUGUCCGGAAAAUUUAG